UGUACUCACUAGAAAGAUAGAGACAAGGACAAUGCACUUCUCCAUGGGGCUUGUCAUGCUGCAGUCCCUUCUCCAUUUCUCCAUCCUAUCAGGAUUUGGGGCAUCACACACAAUUGACCUGGAAUCAAUGUGUGAAACCAAGAUAUUAUCUCUAAAGAAGAGACAUUUCAGUGAAGUAAUACUUACCCAGGAAGACAUGCCUACUUUUGUUCAGCCCACAUUUUGUACUCUACAUAAAAAACCUAUUAAUGAAGAGAAGCCUUGUGAAUGUAAAAUAUGUGGGAAGACCUUCAAUCAGAACUCACAAUUUAUUCAACAUCAGAGAAUUCAUUCUGGUGAAAAACCUUAUGAAUGUAAGGAGUGUGGGAAAUCCUUUAGUCGGGGCUCACUCGUAACUCGACAUCAGAGGAUUCACACUGGAGAAAAACCCUAUGAAUGUAAGGACUGUGGAAAAGCUUUUAGUUGUAGUUCAUAUUUUUCUCAACACCAGAGGAUUCACACUGGUGAAAAACCUUAUGAAUGUAAAGAAUGUGGAAAAGCCUUUAAUUAUUGUUCAAACCUUAAUGACCAUCAGAGAAUUCAUACUGGAGAGAAACCCUAUGAAUGUAAAGUAUGUGGAAAAGCCUUUACUAAAAGUUCACAACUUUUUCCACAUCUGCGAAUUCAUACUGGUGAGAAACCCUAUGAAUGUAAGGAAUGUGGAAAGGCCUUUACUCAACAUUCAAGGCUUAUUCAGCAUCAGAGAAUGCAUACUGGUGAGAAACCUUAUGAAUGUAAGGAAUGUGGGAAAGCCUUUAGUAGUGCCUCGACGCUUACUAACCAUCACAGAAUACAUGCUGGCAAGAAACUCUAUGAAUGUAAAGAAUGUGGAAAAGCCUUUAUUCAAAGCUCAGAACUUAUUCAACAUCAGAGAAUCCAUACAGAUGAAAAACCAUAUGAAUGUGCUGAAUGUGGAAAGGCCUUUAAUAAAGGCUCAAACCUUACUAGACAUCAGAGAAUUCACACUGGUGAGAAACCUUAUGACUGUAAGGAAUGUGGAAAGGCCUUUGGUAGUCGCUCAGAUCUUAUUCGCCAUGAAGGAAUUCAUACUGGAUGAAUGAUAGAAAGUGAAAACUUUUUAUUAACUUUUAUAAUAAUAUUUCUUAAUAUUAAAGCCACCAGCAAAUUCAGGAUUAAUAAAAUGUUAUCUUGUGUAUUAGUUUUCAAGGGCUACCAUAACAUGGUAACCAAGUACUAAUAACUUGGUGACUUAAAACAACAGAAAUUUAGAGUCAGUAGAUGGCAUAGUGGUUAUGUCA